GAGGAGGGUGUGGGUGCGGGAGGUGCGGCUUGGAAAACGGGGAGGUCCGCUUUUGUCAGCCACACUGAAGCAAAGUAAACUGAGACAGGAGCUUCAGUGCUGACUGUUACUGCUGCAACUCUGCUGCGGAGGAAAGUGACGGCCGUUUGUUUUGUUUUCGGACACUUCACCUGUGCAGCUCUUACCUGUGCUCACCUUGGAAUAUAAUCUGACACUUCUCUUAACAUUUGGACUCUAAAAUAAAGUUUAGCUGCGAAGGAUAGUGUUGCUGCUGCACAGUGAGGGAACUGGCUACCUGCCCGAGUGUGAAUACACUGAGGGCUACCAUCAUUGCAUAAAACCCAUACAGGAGGACCAUAAUGGCUGGACAAGUUAAACAUCAGAUAUUCUCCUUCCUCUGACAACAUAUUGUUGAACUGCCAAAAAAAAAAAAAAAACCUGUUAAAGGUCUUCUGGAGGAGACUUCUAACAUCUUAUAGCACUUGUCUGAUCAUUGUAUGUGGAUUGUUAAUAACAGGCUGCCAUCAUGCCUAUUCUCAAACAGCUGGUAAACAAUUCAAACCAGUCAAAGCGGCGGUCUCGCAUUGACUUGACCGCGGAAAUGAUCAGUGCUCCCCUCGGAGACUUUCGCCACACCAUGCAUGUGGGCAGAGGUGGUGAUGCUUUCGGGGACACUUCAUUUCUUAGCACCAGAUCUGGGGAACCUCCAAAGGAACAGCAAACAGCAAAGCAAAGCUCUCCAGGUUCCAAACCAGGCUUGCUGUCCCGCACCUUCCGAAGCAGCAAGCGUUCGCAAUCUGUAAAUCAUGCGGACAAGUAUGACUACAAUACGAUGCUACCUUCAAGUAGCUCGUCCAGCCUGGUGAAAAAUGCCAUUUCCCUGCCCUACCUAAACAACGAGGAUACUAACAGAAGCAACCAACUGUCAAAGAGUGUUUCUUCGAGUCCUUUGAAGACGACAGAGAUUGAAACCAAGCCAAGCAAUGGAGCUGCAUCAAUGGCAACGCUUGAUGCCGAGUUUGACGAGCGUAACUUUGGGGAACUCACAGAUCUGCUUCCAUCCAUGCCUAGAGGAGGUGGAAUGAUGAAGCACGCAGAGUCGAUGAUGUCUUUCCACAUUGAUUUGGGGCCCUCCAUGCUUGGGGACAUCCUGAGUGUGAUGGAAAAGAAAGGCUGGGAGGAUGAUGACCUCGGCUAUGAGGAAGGCAAGGAUUGCAGAGAGUCACCUUCCCACAUUCCCCACAUCGAUGAUGACGUGGAGGAGCUGGCCCCUAUAAGACCACCUCGCAGCAUGUACCAGCAGAAAACAGUAGUGGAUCCCUACACCCCAGAGCUGCACACCAGGAACAACUACCACAACCUGGACACUUGCUCUAUGUCCAGCUCUGGCUCAGUCACCGAGGGGAAACCUCAGUACCACCACCAUGACGGGGACACAGACAGUGCAAAGUUCAGCUCACCUCGUGGAGGGAGUGACAGAGAUUUCACCUACAUGGAUGAGGAAGAUGACGAUGAGAUUCGAGUGUAACUCUUUUGUGUGUUUUUGCCAAAACACUAAAAGCGAAGACCAGGUUUUGG